UUUUUACGGCAGAGCUCAGGAAUCUCUAAUUCUUUCCGGAGCAGCCACAGACACACGUGGUCUUCGGCUGAGCCCAUGGGGUUCCAAUGAUUCACGCAAGAAUAGAAGUUUUGGGGCUGGACCCGAGGAGGGGCCGGAGCCCAUGGGGAGAUGUUCUGAGUGGCCACGGGCAGCCCGAAUAACCUAGCCGCCUCGCCUCGUCAUCACGGCCCUGGCUGCUGGCCAAGCCCCGGGCAGAGUAAUGACUAACUGGGCUUCCUCCGGGAGGGCGGAAACAGUUCAACUCCUGUGACAGCUGCAGUCAGUUAGGCGUGGUUUUCUCGUCUGACUCGGGCUGUGCAGAUCCCGGCCCGAGGGGCAGAGGAAGGACAGCCUCGCCGCCACAGUCUUCCAGAUGGCCGAGCUGGACCUCAUGGGUCCAGGGCCACUGCCCGGGAUCAGCGCUCACCCUCUGGCCACUGUCAGCCCAGACUCUGGGUCGACCAGCCCGGCCGAAGAAGAGGACAUGGGCUCCCUGGGGAGCCCCCAGGGGGAGCCAGAAGCACAGGACGGCGGCUCUGAAGGGCAGGGGGCUCCAGAUAGCGCCACUGCUGGGGAGGAAGAGGAGGAGGAGGAGGAGGUCCUAUGUGACUUCUGUCUCGGCACCUGCAGGGUGAAGGCGGUCAAGUCCUGCCUGACCUGCAUGGUGAACUAUUGUGAGGAGCACCUGCGGCCUCACCAGGAGAACAGCAAACUGCACAGCCACCAGCUGACCGAGCCCGUGAAGGACCGGGACCUGCGCACCUGCCCUGCCCACCGCAGCCCGCUGGUCGCCUUCUGCCGCCCCGAUGGGCAGUGCGUCUGCCAGGAGUGCGGCCAGGACGAGCACAGGGGCCACGCCUUGGUCUCCUUGGAUGCCGCCCGCAGGGACAAGGAGGCUGAACUUCGGGACACCCAGUUAGAGCUGGAACGGAAACUCAGGUUGAAUGAAAACGCCAUCGCCAGGCUCCAAGCCAACCACAAAUCCGUUUUGGUGUCGGUGUCGGAGGUGAAGGCGGUGGCCGAGGAGCAGUUUGGGGAGCUGCUUGCUGCCGCGAGGAAGGCCCAGACCGACGUGAUGCUCUUCUUGGAGGAGAAGGAGCAAGGAGCGCUGAGCCAGGCCAGCGGCAUCCGGACGCAUCUGGAGCACAGGAGCGCACAGAUGGAGAGGAGGAGGCAGGAGCUGGAGAGCAUCGCCUCCAUCAGUAACACCGUCCUCUUCCUGGAGGAGUACUGCAAGUUUAAGAACACCGAGGACGGUCCCUUCCCGAGUGUUUACAUAGGACUCAAGGAUAAGCUCUCGGGCAUCCGCAAGGUCAUCACAGACUCCACUGGUCACUUAAUCCAGUUGCUACAGAACUACAAGGUCCAGCUCCAGGAUUUCUCCAGGGAAGAGGAAUAUGAUAUCAGAACUCAAGUGUCUGCCGUGGUCCAGCGCAAGCACUGGACCUCGAAACCUGAGCCCAGCACCCGACACCAGUUCCUCCAGUAUGCAUGUGACAUCUCGUUUGACCCGGACACGGCACACAGGUAUCUCCGGCUGCAGGAGGACAAUCGCAAGGUCACCAACACCACGCCCUGGGAGCAUCCCUACCCGGACCUCCCCAGCAGGUUCGUGCACUGGCGGCAGGUGCUGUCGCAGCAGAGCCUGUACCUGCACAGGUACUACUUUGAGGUAGAGACCUCCGGGGCGGGCACCUAUGUUGGCCUCACCUGCGGAGGCAUCGACCGGAAGGGGGAUGAGCGCAACGGUUGCAUUUCUGGGAACGACUUCUCCUGGAGCCUCCACUGGAAUGGGAAGGAGUUCACAGCCUGGCACAGUGACACGGAGACCCCGCUGAAAGCCAGACCUUUCCGGAGGCUGGGGAUCUACGUCGACUUUCCGGGAGGGAUCCUGUCCUUCUACGGCGUGGAGUCUGACGCCAUGACUCUGGUUCACAAGUUUGAGUGCAAGUUUUCGGAGCCGGUCUACCCUGCCUUCUGGCUUUCCAAGAAGGAAAACUCCAUCCGGAUCAUGGAUCUGGGAGAGGAGCCCGAGAAGCCAAUGCCAACUUCAGUGCAGGCUGCUCCCUAGACUCCAGCCUCCGUCCCUCAGACUCUCACUGACCACAGAAGACGGGACAGCGGCUUGCGUCUUAAGGGUGGCCCGGGGAUGGAAAUCUCCACCAGAGGAGAAAGGUCUCUGGCUUCUCCCUCCUGCUCCCUGCUGUGCUCCCUUCUCUCUGUUUGUAGUAAUCCCCAAGCACCCGCCUCCUCUUUCUCACCUUCUAGUGAUAUUCUCCUGUCCGCUCAGGUGCCUAGAUUCAGUAGCCGGGAACCUUCAGAGUGAUCCCAAAAGACUGCAGAGUAAUCAGAAUAGAUCGCAAGCUCUGUGUUGCACUUCUGGGUACCGUGUGGCCGUUAUGAACUCACUUAACCUUCACAGCAGCUCAUAUCCUCCUCUUUUGCAGAUGGGGAAACUGUGGUUCGGGCGGGGGUGGGGGGGUGGUGGUCAGUUAACUUGCUCAAAGUCAUUGUGAUCACAUGGUGAGCAAGUGGCAGAGCCGGGACUCGAACCUGGGCAGGUCGGUGCUGAGAUUUUAACCAGUCCCCCGCGCUGCCCUCCUCAUUAGAUCGUGGGUAUCGUGGGGAAGGGAAUAAGCCACAUGAUGAACUCCACGGCAUGGACACCGAGUGUCUCGAACCUUCAGUGUCUUAGCAUCUGCUCCGUCUGGCUGGGCCACUCAGCUGCGUAGUGGCAGUGACCUCACUACCUCACACAGCAGCUCGUCGUAGUUUUGGAUAGUGAAGAUUAGAAGAAAUGUCUUUAAAAAGUUUUUUUUUCGUAUUUAUUUUUGAGAGAGAGAGAUAGAGUGCGAGUGGGGGAGGGGCAGAGAGAGAGAGGGAGACACAGAAUCCGAAGCAGCUCCAGGCUCUGAGCCAUCAGCACAGAGCCCGGUGCGGGGCGGGGCUGGAACUCAUGAACUUCGAGAUCACAACCUGAGCCCAAGAUAGACGCUUAACCGACUGAGCCACCCAGGUGCUCCCUGAAGAAAUGUUUUAAUGGAGUCCAAGUCCUAGUCCCUGUGACCUCCGAGGAGGGGUCUCCCCUUGACUAUGUGGACUUGUCUGAUUUCUCAUUCAGAGGACAGACCUUCAACUGUAUGAAGGCAGUUCUCACGCACGUCCUCCAAGGAAGUUUGUUUUCACCCUACGUUUCCCACUUUUCCUUCAUAACUUCUGGGUCUUUUCCUGUGACCUGUGUCAAGGCAAGUUAUCGUCCUCUUUGACAGUCUGAUGGUCCCUUGACUUGUUUCCAGAGACCCCGUCCUAUGUUUGUAUCCAAGGAUCUAUACAGCGGAGGAUUAGAAUUUUCGAGAAUUUUCGAAACUUUGUAAAAUUGGAAUUUAUUGAGUUCAUUUUUUAUUUGAAUUUAAAAUAUUGUUGCAUCAUUGCUGCUUCCAGAGAUACCUUUGAUUUACGAUUCUGCGUCCCAUAGGCUGGCACUCCUUCCGAGCCUGGUGUCACCCAUGGAAUUGGUGAACUUUUCUUCUGAAGUCUUAAUCUUGUGGAUCCAUAUUGAUUAGGGUAAGGCUGAAAUACGGAAUCUCACAGCCCCUGGUCAAUACCUUUUGGGUUUAGUUAUUCAAUAAGUUAUGUUUUGGGAGAACUGUAUACAGCUGUAGCCAACUUCUAAAGCCCACUUUUAGUCCUUUGUCCACCAGGCACCUGGAAGGACUUUCCCAGUGGCAAAAAUCAAGACAUGUCUGCAUUUCCUUGCUCACCUGCCUCACAAUGCUCUCGAAAGAGAAAACGAGAUCCGCCUGGCCAGUUUUUACCGAACCACUGAGGUUUGUUGGUAUUGGCUGCUUUAUUUUCUAAAUGCUCACCGACUGCUUCAUUAAACCACUUUAGGAUUCUGCCGUGAGUUCACAUCCAAGUGGAUGAGUGUGUUGUUUCCAGAAUCUACCUUAUUUUUCUCUUUAGAAAUUAAGACACUUUUACGUGUCCCCAUCCUCUACACUUUUCUUAAUGUCUUGAAGGUUACUGCCUGGCUUUUGGUCACGUCGGUAAACUGGGUCAGGGUCAUGAGGUGUAAUUUGUUUAAGUCAGAAUGCUUGAGCUCUUAUAAAGGAACCCUUUGGAACUCGAACUUCAUUUCCCAGCCAGCUCUCUUUGUCCAUUCAGUUUCAGUGUCAACACCUCCCUUCUUGAUAUGAAAGAUCAAAACAGGGGCAUCUGGGUGGCUCCCGUCAGUUGAGCGUCUGACUCUUGAUUUUGGCUCAGGUCAUGAUCUCAGGGUUGUGAGAUCAAGCCUUGCUUCUGGCUCCUCGCUGGGUGUGGAAACUGCUUAAGUGUUCUCUCUUUCCUUCUCCUUCUGCCCUUCCUCUGCUCCCCCCCUCAAAAAAAAAAAAAAAAAGAUCAAAGCAAAACUGAGUGUUAGAAAUACCUACUUUCUUUCUGUCAUUGCCUCAACUGAUGGGUA